UUAGAAAAAUAGGGAUUUCAUUCCCAGAGUGAUAAGGUCAUCUCGUGCAUGGCACGGGAGUUGAACUAAGCCAAGAAGUAAGAAAAGAAACCACGUAGAGAGAGAAUGAAGAAAAAGAUCGUUGUGGAUAAACAAGAUAGAGAGAGAAAUAGCAACUAGCACUAGCAGGCACCAGGUUGAGCCUCUCAGCUUCUGCCUUCUGCAGUGAACAAACAUGGAGGCAGUACACUUGUCUGCUGUUGCCUCCCGCCAUUUCUCCACUUCUUCCUUCUCUCACAACCGAACCUUGUACACUUCUUCUUCUUCUUCUUCUUCUUCUUCUUCUUCUUCUUCUUCUGUCAAACCAAAUACGCUAUGCUCUCCUUGGAUUGGUUCAACCACACCCACUACUUCCUUUUCCACCCGAAACUUGUUCACGAAUGAGAUAUGGAGUUGGGUGAACUCCAAAAGCGUUACUGUGAGAAGGGACAUGCGCGGAGUGGUGAGGGCUGAGAUGUUUGGGCAAUUGACCAGUGGCCUUGAGGCUGCGUGGAGCAAACUCAAAGGGGAAGAGGUUUUAACAAAAGAGAAUAUUGUGGAGCCUAUGCGUGAUAUCAGGAGAGCUCUUUUGGAAGCAGAUGUUAGUCUUCCUGUUGUAAGAAGGUUUGUGCAAGCUGUCACAGAUCAGGCUGUGGGUGUUGGCCUCAUUCGAGGAGUGAGACCAGAUCAGCAAUUGGUUAAGAUUGUACACGAUGAACUAGUAAAACUGAUGGGUGGAGAGGUCUGUGAACUGGUUUUUUCCAAAUCAGGGCCCACUGUCAUUUUGUUGGCUGGACUCCAGGGAGUUGGGAAAACAACUGUUUGUGCAAAGUUGGCCAACUAUCUCAAGAAACAGGGGAAGAGUUGCAUGCUAGUUGCUGGUGAUGUUUACAGACCUGCUGCUAUUGAUCAACUGUCUAUUUUGGGCAAACAGGUGGAUGUUCCUGUCUACACAGCAGGUACUGAUGUUAAACCUUCAGAAAUUGCUAAACAAGGUUUGGCAGAUGCAAAGAAAAAGAAAAUGGAUGUGGUUAUUGUUGACACUGCUGGCAGGCUGCAGAUAGACAAAACAAUGAUGGACGAGUUAAAAGAAGUGAAACAGGCACUGAAUCCAACAGAGGUUUUGCUAGUUGUGGAUGCCAUGACAGGACAAGAAGCAGCAGCUUUGGUGACUACUUUCAAUCUUGAGAUUGGAAUAACAGGUGCAAUCUUGACAAAGCUAGAUGGUGAUUCAAGAGGUGGAGCAGCCUUGAGUGUCAAAGAGGUAUCUGGUAAGCCAAUCAAGCUGGUAGGACGAGGGGAACGCAUGGAGGAUCUUGAACCUUUCUACCCUGAUCGAAUGGCAGGACGCAUAUUAGGAAUGGGAGAUGUCCUUUCAUUUGUAGAGAAGGCACAAGAAGUUAUGCAACAAGAAGAUGCUGAAGAACUGCAAAAGAAGAUUAUGAGUGCAAAGUUUGACUUUAAUGAUUUUCUAAAGCAAACCCGUGCUGUUGCAAAAAUGGGUUCUGUGUCCCGUGUCAUUGGAAUGAUUCCUGGUAUGGGGAAGGCUACGCCUGCUCAAAUUCGAGAGGCAGAGAAGAAUUUGAAGGUCAUGGAAGCAAUGAUAGAAGCAAUGACGCCGGAGGAGAGGGAGAAGCCAGAACUAUUGGCCGAAUCACCGGUCAGGAGGAAAAGAGUUGCUCAGGAUUCAGGGAAAACAGAGCAGCAGGUAAGCCAACUUGUAGCUCAACUGUUCCAAAUGCGUGUUCGCAUGAAGAAUCUGAUGGGUGUAAUGCAAGGUGGAUCAAUUCCAACACUUAGUAAUCUUGAGGAAGCACUGAAAACAGAGGAAAAGGUUCCACCUGGUACUGCAAGGAGGAAGAAGAGAUCGGAAUCAAGGAAACAAUUUGUGGAAUCAGCAAGGCCAGCGCCUCGUGGUUUCGGGAGCAAAAACUGAACCUUCUAGAGGUGAUCAGGGGAGAUUGGAUAAGAGACCGUCGGCGAUGAACUUGUUUGAUGUAGCUUUUUUCGCCCGAGACAAUUAUGUUCCCCAAAUUAUUAGAUCAAUUCAUAUAGCAAUGAAGUUUGUUCAGGACCAAGAGUUUGAUUUAACUCGGGAAGAAAUGAGUAAUAUAUUCGGACGUGCAAAUAUAAGAUAUAGGGGUAUCAUUCUUGUACAAACUCAACUUAGCCAUGUUAUUAUUCUUGUAAUCUGCGUUUCACAUUAUUCUAUCUUUUUCGAGCUGAAAAUAUACAAACAUUUAACAUUUA